GGAAGAAUCCAGGGAUUUCAAGUUUUGAGUAGCGGGCGUCUUACAAGAUCACCACACCUAAAUUGAAAAGGCAGAUGCAGCUCUGAGCGCCGGAUUGGUGUGUGCACUGCAUGUACAUGAAAACACACAUGUUUUUGUCAUCAGUAGACUUACUCUGGCAUAUUCCUGCGAGCCUUGCAAUUGAUGAAAAUUAAUUUGAGAACCAGAUGGAGGACCUUCACAGCACAGGAAUCAGUAAUCCAUGGAAAGACACCUGCCAGUAAUGUUCAACUUCCCACAUGGUCUUCACGGGUGAAAAAAGUUUGCAAGAAGAGAAAGAAAAAACACCCUCUGUGCAGAAAAAGCGUAAUAAAUACCUCCACAAUCUAAAUCAAUAGCUGUGAGGGAAACAGAAGAAUUAAGAGGGCAAAGGAAGGAAACUGAUUUAGCAGAGGAAUAAUGUACGGUCUUCGGCACGUUUUGCUUUGGGCUCAGUAGCUUGUGAGUGGACUAAUAAAUCGUGACCUUCUGCUGAGUAAUGAUGACUGGAAGUAAAUAAGUUGAGGAACUAUGGGACAUGUCUGGGCAUUGAACUGAGCAAACCUUCUUGAGUUAACCAGGUCAUCAAACUUGCAUAUUCUUUCUCCCUCUCCUUUUUCCUCUUUUCACUUAGUGUGGUAUAAAUACUAGCUAAUUGAGUUCAUAAAUGUUAUUCAAAUAAAACGAUUGGAAUACUUCAUAUGUUUCCUUCUUGUACAGCUGCAAAUGUUGUGUCUGGAACUAUGAAUCUGUGCUGUAGACAAGCAUCAAGAAGGAAAGAUCCGAUCAAACAAGCAAGGAAAAUACCUAGAGAAAUAGUGAACCCAGGAAGUCAGAUUUUUAAUGCUGCUUCUCUUUCUUUUUUAGAUGAUUAUAUCUCUUUCUUCCUUGAAAUUUAGAAGAUUUUGAAAGAGUGCUUACUUGAUGUGCUUUAAUUCUGGCAUUUGUUUUUAUGGUAGAAUGAAAAGUCUGUGAUUCCUUGUAGCAGAGAAAAAAGGGAAAAGUAAAGGAAAAACAUCUUGACAUUUUAUCCUGUUUCACAGGAGAGAGAACUUCAUGGUUCACCUGAGUCAAACUUAUCUACUUUGAAAGCUAAAAGCUUUAGAGCAUUUUUGAUUCUGCUAUAAAUGAAGAGGGGGUUCUUUUUCAUUCGUGUGUGGCAGCAAAAAGUGGGAAAGCAGGCAAGAUAGCGUGAUAAACAGUUCAGGCUGUGUUGGGUCUCUGGUGGAAAAAAAGUGCUGCGAUGGAAAUUGGAUUGGCUUUGGAUUGCAAAAACUUUUGAGUCCUACGAGCGGUUCAGUACCAAGAGGGAUUUCCCAACUGGCCUGGCACACCAGUGCCUGCACAAGUUCGGGUCUGUUGUUUCACACGGUUUGUGUGCCUUUUUUUCCCUUUAUGCAAUCUCUUUCAGCUUUAGCAGCAGAAACACAUCCGAUGGAAAAGAUAUGCCAGAGGGCAGCUUGGAAAAGAGGAAUGUCAUAUAUAUACAUAUAUAUGUAUGUGCGUGUGUUUAAAUUUCUGCAACUGAACUUUUGAAGAAAAUCUGACUGGAGGAAAUUUUAAAAGCCUUAAGUUACUUGAAACCUACACAUUUGCAACUCUUUGUCUCUGGAAUUGCAUUACGCUAAACUGGAAUCUCAGGCUGUAUAAAGAUUAUAUCAAGUUGAGCAAAAAGAUGACUUAACAUUUCUUGAGCGCCUCUUAUGAAGUAGCUGUUUCUCCAAAGGAUAAGUGCACCCCUGCUCUACAGACUCAAAACAAAAAUGAACCUGAAUUUUUUUUUUAAGUGUUACUUUUUCUUAGCCAACUGCCAUCAUCUUUUAUAGAGGAAUUUUUCACUAUGCAUUUGGUGGAUAUUUAUAAACACUGACCCUAUCCUCCCUUUCAAUGAUCUAUCCCAGGUCAGUCUUACCAAUAAAAAAAAAAAAUUGAUUUAAAUUUUGUGCACUAGACAUAUUACUUUCUUAUGUCAAAAAAUAAAAUAUUUAAAAAGCAUGUAUGCAGCAGUGGAACAUGGGCCUGUUCUUUGCAGCGAUUCCAACAUCCUCUGCCUCUCCUGGAAAGGCAGAGUCCCCAAAAGUGAGAAGGAGAAACCAGUGUGCAGGAGGCGGUACUAUGAGGAAGGCUGGUUGGCAACAGGCAAUGGCAGAGGAGUUGUAGGCGUCACUUUUACUUCCAGCCAUUGCAGGAGGGACCGGAACACCCCUCAGAGAAUCAACUUCAAUUUGAGGGGCCACAACAGCGAGGUUGUGCUGGUGAGAUGGAAUGAACCAUUCCAGAAAUUAGCAACCUGCGAUGCAGAUGGAGGAAUAUUUGUUUGGAUACAAUACGAAGGCAGAUGGUCUGUGGAGCUCGUGAACGAUCGUGGGGCACAGGUAAGCGACUUUACAUGGAGCCAUGAUGGGACUCAGGCACUUAUCUCCUAUAGAGAUGGAUUUGUGCUGGUCGGUUCAGUCAGCGGACAAAGACACUGGUCUUCAGAAAUUAACUUGGAGAGUCAGAUCACCUGUGGCAUAUGGACUCCAGAUGACCAACAGGUACUGUUUGGCACUGCUGAUGGACAGGUUAUUGUCAUGGACUGCCAUGGCCGAAUGCUGGCCCACGUGCUCCUUCACGAGUCAGAUGGCAUCCUCAACAUGUCCUGGAACUACCCCAGCUUCCUGGUGGAGGACAGCAGCGAGAGUGACACGGACUCUGAUGACUAUUCCCCACCACAAGAUGGACCCGCUGCGUAUCCUGUCCCGGUGCAGAACACCAAGCCACUACUUACUGUCAGCUUCACGUCAGGAGACAUCAGUUUAAUGAACAAUUAUGAUGACUUGUCUCCUACUAUCAUCCGCUCAGGGUUGAAAGAUGUGGUGGUACAGUGGUGCACACAAGGAGACCUGCUUGCAGUAGCAGGCAUGGAGAAGCAGAACCAGCUGGUUGACCUCAGCAAUGGUUCUCUGCUGAAAAGCGCACUUGUCAAGUUCUACAACGUGCGUGGGGAACAUAUCUACACUCUGGAGACACCUGUGCAGCGUCCCAUCAUCUCCAUCUGUUGGGGUCACAGGGAUUCCCGCCUGCUGAUGGCAUCUGGGCCCGCGCUGUACGUGGUCAGGGUGGAGCACAGGGUCUCCAGUCUGCAGCUGCUGUGCCAGCAGACCAUCGCCAGCUGCCUGCGGGAUGACAAGGACAUCAGCAAGCUGACCCUGCCCCCUCGGCUCUGCUCGUACCUCACCACUGCCUUUAUACCAACAAUCAAGCCUCCAAUCCCAGACCCAAACAAUAUGAGAGAUUUUGUCAGCUACCCAACAGCUGGUAAUGAACGGCUUCACUGCACCAUGAAGCGGACAGAAGAUGACCCAGAGGUCGGUGGUCCAUGUUAUACUCUGUACUUGGAAUACCUUGGGGGACUGGUGCCCAUCCUCAAAGGACGUCGUAUCAGCAAGUUGCGGCCAGAGUUUGUCAUCAUGGAUCCUAAAACAGAUGGAAAAGCAGAUGAAAUCUAUGGAAACAGCUUGAUUUCCACUGUGAUUGACAGCUGCAACUGCUCCGACUCCAGCGAUAUUGAACUCAGCGAUGACUGGGCAGCAAAGAAAUCUCCAAAAAUCAGUCGAGCUAGCAAAUCACCUAAACUCCCCAGAAUCAAUAUAGAAGCUCGCAAAUCUCCAAAGAUGUCACGAGCUGCACAGGAGAUCUCAAGAUCACCAAGGUUACCAAUAAGGAAGCCCUCCAUUGGUUCACCAAGCCUGACACGAAGAGAGUUUCCUUUAGAAGAUAUUACUCAGCACAACUACCUUGCUCAGGUCACAUCUAAUAUCUGGGGAACCAAAUUUAAAAUUGUGGGUUUGGCUGCUUUCCUACCAACUAACCUUGGUGCAGUAAUAUAUAAAACCAGUUUGCUGCAUCUGCAGCCCAGGCAAAUGACAAUAUAUCUCCCAGAAGUGCGGAAGAUUUCAAUGGACUACAUUAACAUGCCUGUCUUUAAUCCAAAUGUUUUCAGCGAAGAUGAAGAUGAUUUACCAGUGCCCGGCGCCCCCGGCGCGCCCGCCAGCAGGGCGCCCGGCCCCCCGCAGCCGCCCCUCGAUCUCUGCCUCAAGAAGGGGGAGUUCUCCCUCUACCCGGCGGGGCACUACCAGACGCCCCUGGGGUACGAGCGGAUAACGACGUUCGACAGCAGUGGGAACGUGGAGGAGGUGUGCCGGCCGCGCACCAGGAUGCUCUGUGCCCAGAGCACCUACACCCUGCCGGGCCCCGGCAGCUCCGCCACCUUGCGCAUCACAGCUGCCGAGAAGAAGAUGCAGCAGCCCUGUGCCAGCGCCACCUUGAACCGGCUCACGGUGCCCCGUUACUCCAUCCCGAGCGGGGACCCGCCGCCCUACCCUGACAUUGCCAGCCAGCUGUCCCAGGGCAGAAGCAUGGCACAGAGGCUGGACAGCAGUAUCAUUCAUGCUACUCUGCGGAGGAACAGCAGAGAGGCAGCCCUGAAAAUGGCUCAGCUGAUGGAUGGUCAGAGAGCCACCUUGCAACUUCCCCCUAAGCCCAAGAGCAACAUUGUGUCGGCACAGUACCAGCCCAGAGUGCCCACAGCCUUGUACACCUGCAGCCAAUGCAGCAGUGGUGGCUCUGGCAGCAGCAGCAGUGUGAGCACUGGUGGCGCGGGCGGCAUCGCUAGUGCCAAUGCUGGUAGCAGCGCUUCCAGCAUUGGUGCCAUGAGGCCAGAUCUGAGCGCAGGGAGUGGCUCCCAGCACAGCUCUGUCAUUGCUCACUCUGUCAGUACUUCGCCUCUGGCCUCCCAGUCCUCCUACAGCUUGCUGAGCCCGCCCGACAAUUCCCGUGACCGAGUGGAUUAUAUCAACUCGGCUUUCACGGAGGAUGAGGCCCUCUCUCAGCACUGCCCAGUGGAGAAAUCAGUACGGCACGUACCUGUGUCCUUGACAGAGGCUACCCUUAGUGUGAAACGGCCACCGCCGUACCAGUGGGAUCCUAUGGUGAGUGAAGAGAUAUGGGUUCCUCAAGAAAGGACAUCUCAGAGCUCAGUGCCCAACCCCAUAAAACCUCCUCCGCUCAUCAUUGGUCAAGCUCAACAUCUGGAUAUGUCUCGAGUGCCAUUUGUUUCCCCCAAGUCUCCAACCAGUCCCACUGCCACUUUUCAGACGAGUUAUGGGGUUGGAGUACCUUACCCAGGAAGCUACAGUGCCCCACCCCUUCAGGGAAUGCAGGCCCCCUGCUCCCCCAAAGAAGCUCUGGCCCCAACACAGUUUGCACAGCAGGAGCCCACAGUUGUGCUUCAGCCAGGUUAUCCAUCCAACCUCUCCUAUUGCCCUUUGCCACCCAUGUACCCGGGAAGUAGCACUUGCUCUAGUUUACAGCUGCCACCGAUCGCCUUGCACCCGUGGAGCUCCUACAGCGCCUGCCCACCCGUACAGAACCCCCAGGGCACCCUGCCCCCCAAGCCGCUCCUCGUGGUGGAGAAGCCGGUGAUGUCUCCCCCGCCAGCAGAGCUGCAGGGCCACGUGGGCACAGAGGUCGUGGUGGAGACGGCAGACACGUUCCAGGAGGUGCUCUCCUUGACAGAAAGCCCUGUUCCUCAAAGGACUGACAAAUUUGGCAAGAAGAGCAGGAAACGCCUGGACAGUCGAGCCGAGGAAGGAAAUGUGCAGGCUAUCACUGAGGGCAAGGUCAAAAAGGAGGCAAGGACACUGACUGACUUCAAUUCACUGAUAGCUAGCCCUCGGCUGGGGAGGGAGAAGAAGAAGGUCAAGAGCCAAAAAGAUCAGCUCAAGUCCAAGAAACUAAACAAGACAAAUGAGUUUCAGGACAGUUCAGAGAGUGAGCCAGAGCUUUUUAUCAGCGGAGAUGAACUGAUGAACCAGAGCCAGGGCAGUAAAAAGGGUUGGAAAACUAAAAGGAGUUUGAGGACAGCCAGUGAGCUGGAUGAAUUCAAGUGCCGGAAGGCCAGUGAGAAGGAGGAUGGGCGACUGGGAAGCCAGGGCUUUGUGUAUGUGAUGGCCAACAAGCAGCCACUGUGGAAUGAGGCAACACAAGUCUACCAGCUGGACUUCGGAGGGCGGGUGACCCAGGAGUCAGCAAAAAACUUCCAGAUUGAGCUGGAGGGACGACAGGUGAUGCAGUUUGGAAGAAUUGAUGGCAAUGCUUACAUUUUGGACUUUCAGUAUCCAUUUUCUGCAGUGCAAGCCUUUGCUGUUGCUCUGGCUAAUGUGACUCAACGCCUCAAAUGAACAAGCAGAGACUGGAGAGAGGAAAAUGUUAACCUUCUCAUGAAGUCCAAACCGGAAAAUGUCAGGGCAGCCUGCUUUAGGUGUGCAGAGAUGCCUGGGAGUUAAGAAGGCAGUAAAACUGGAAAAGUCUCUAGGUGCCCACCAGAAGGGCAUUAACUCUAAUCAGUCACUGGGUGGAGGGUGGGGGGCUGUUUUCUGUUUGUUUGUUUGUUUGUUUGUUAGCUUGUUUGUUUUCCGGUUUUUUUUUCUUUUCAAGCGUUGUGCUGGGUGUCAGAAAGAGCGAAGGGUUGAGAACCAUUCAGUGUUACGUGGAGAAGUGUGGCUUUUGGCUUGUUGUGGUGGUUCUGCUGUGUGUGCUACAGUAGCUGAUGUAAGCUCAUGGGGGGAUUAAAACAGACUGCUCUUUUUGAUGGACUGCCUUAUCUCAUGCUAUUCUUUUUAAAACAGGGAACAUGACUUUUUUCUGGUCCAGUUUGUACUUCUACUGCUAAAACAUCAGUGAUAGCAGCAAAAAAGUGCAAAAAGAAAAGAAGCUGUAAUACUUGAAGACAUGUGUUUCUUCUCUGAUAUCUGCUAAUAACUGAGUACCACAGGUUCCAGGGAGGCUUAUGUAGGUAAAGGUUUAAUUUAUUAACAGUGACGUGUUACUCAGAAAAUGAGAAAACAUUGUUGCGAGUGGAUGUUUGUCAUGGUUUAGGAAUUCUCCAAUUUAGUGUUCCCACCAAAACAUUCCAGACCAUGCACUACUCACUCACUGCCCCCUCCCCUUUUCCCUUCCCUUCCCUGCGGUGGGAUGGAGAGGAGAAUUGGAGGCGCAAAAGGUAAAGAUCACAGGCAGAGAGAAGAACGAUUUACUGCUAACAGCAGUGAAAUGAGAGAACAAACAGUAACAGCAGCAACGUUAAUAACAGAGUGCAGGAGAGGCAAAGGAUUCACACGUGCGUGCUCACCACGGGGGAGCCUGUGCCAGUAUCUGACUGUGCUGCCACACUCUGUGACCCGCAUGGGACCCCUUCCCACGGCCCCAGAAAAUGAUAGGGAGUGGUGUAGAAUAACCUCUGAAUUCUAUCCAUGCCCUCUCCUGGCUACUGCAAAAAUAACUCUGUUGUGGCUAGAACCAGGGUUUAAAAACCCACUGUGUCAAGGAAGUUGAUGUCUGCUUGUUUCAUAUGCUGUUAAGGGGGAUAAACAUCUUUCAGUAGGUGACAGAAGACAGAGGAGCAAAUGCUUACAAGCAUUGCUUCUUUUGUUACUGGCAUAAACAUCUGUCAGUAGGUGACAGAAAACUGGAGAGGUAAUAAUCAUGAGUGUUGCUUUUUGUUCAUGUUGUUCAGCAGUAUUCUGUGAUUUGGCCUGUAGCUGGGAGAGGUACAGCGUGAUCAGAUGUACCUCUGAGGCCGUGCCUGUGCUUGCUCCUCGUUUCAGUGUGUUUACACCAUGUUAACAAAGCUUUUCCAGCAAAUGAGAAGACCCAGUGUAUUCAGUCCUCUUAGCAAUCAGUAUCAAUCAAGUUCUACAAUAGUGCUUGUAUUAGGAAAGAGAGAAGUGUAGCAAGUCAUUACAAGAAGAAAUUUCAUCAGGGAAGCCAAUUCAUUAAAGGAAACAGCAUAAUGGCUGGCUGGAGAACAAAUGAGUUGAAAGAGAAAGGAAAAAGUGGAUAGAAUCAUAUCUUUUGUCACCCACUUUGCUACUUGCUCCAGCUAAGAGUAGGAGGCCAGUGUCUUCAUGGAGUGUGACAGAGGAUAGCUUAAUAACAGUGGUAUGACUGUGCAGUUCUCUCUGGUGCACAUGCAGACCUGUUGAACAUUUCAGAAGGUUGCUUGCACAGAAGAGUUUCUUUGUUGUCCAUGUGUCGUGCACGUGUUUAUUUGCUUUUACUCUUUCCUUCUUGUUAGCAUUUUGCUACAGAAUAUGUUUUGAUAUGAAAGUAGUUUGACCAGUAAUACACAAACCCCAAAAAUACCAAAAUUAUUCAUAUAAUUAUUUGGACGUUAGAUUACAAAACAUCACAGCAGAUUUUUUUCAACAAUUGAUCUUUUGAAGUCAAGGGCCCACUUUCAAGGGAAAGAUUUGCUGGUUGAGAUGUCAACAGCUGCUGUCUUUCAUCCACAGUUUAGCUUCUUUACUUGAAAAACUUGGUAUAACUUAAGAUGAAUAUGCAUGAUUUUCUCUCUUUGUUUUUCUUGAUUCCUAGCAGUAGGGCAGAUACAUGUUGCAUUUGAUUUAUUCUGGAGAAACAUUUGACGUAAGACCCUGCUGUACUAAAAAUGUCACUUGUUUUUUAUUGAGGAAACCCUAUUAAGCACUUUGUCUAUAUUGAGUUAUAUACUGUAAAAACAGUGGGUUGAAUUCUUAGUACACUGAUUCCAGUACACAAGGAGGGAAGUUGGCUGAUGAGAGGCCUCAGCUGCCCUAAGGUCUGUGCUAACCAGCUGUACCCUAAUUAGUGUUUGACAGGCACACAGUGAACGCUGUAAGACAAAAAGCAUACCAGAGCUGGCUUGUUUGCUUGCUGAGGCAAGAGCCACUUAGUCAUGUGUCAGAAAUACUCAGCUGGAAGAACACCACCAGAUGAAAUUAUUAGGAUGUGGAAACAAUGGAAAUGUUUUCUUCUGAAGAAUAUCUAAUCUAAGUAAGGACUUCUGCUUGCAGUUUCUUUAACCUUCCAGAGAAUAGUAUCCUCUUCACUUUGUUCAUUGCCAAAUUUUUCCAGUUAUCAGUAGUUUUAUUCUAAUGGAGAACCAAGAAUUGAAACCGAUAAAACAAGUAACAGAGUUUGUAAUUUGGUUUCAUUGGUCCAGGUCAUGAUUGCAUCCUUUUGAUGGCACUCACAAAGGGCUUUGGCGUAGAAAGAGCUCUGGUUUCUGCUCCAGCAAAGAAUGGGGAAUAAUUACCAAAAAGAUGGGAAAAUAAAUUCUAUUUUCAACAUCCUUUCCAUUUACUUGUCUAAACAUUCUAUAAGAUAUGAUAGUUUUUUAUCUUUUUGAAAACAAUUUAGCAAAGUCUUUUUAAUUAAGGAUUUUAAUAUAUAGGGAAUCCCCAAUAUUUGAGAGAGAAAAUACUCUAAAAUAUGUGGAAUUUUAAUGAAAGGAAUGGUAAAUACAUAGAAAUCUGACUGUACAAUUGGAUCCUAAAUUAUACAUAGAACAAGUGAAAGUAAUUUUAUUUUCAAUUGAGAUACAACAUAGGAAACAAAUUUAAGAAUGUCCCCGAUUAAUCACCUAAGCCAUGAGGACUGCUAUUGCUUUCAGUCAAAAGAUAGAUGUUACAUUUUCCAUUUUGUUAGUAAAACCCAGUUUUCUGUAGAUAAUUUAAGUUCUUCUAGGAGGAAUGUAGCAAAGUGUUCAGAAAUAUCCAGUUCUUUUAUACAUGCGGUAAUUUCCACUAGUAAAGGAUGUUUUUUCCAAAGCUUAUUUUUUUCAGUUGUGCAAUAAUUUUAAUAGUCUAGGGAGUUUGUUUUGUUUCUGUUGGGUUAUUUUUUUGUUCUGUUUUAGUUUGGGUUUAAUUUUUCUUUAGGGAGUUUGAGUGGUUUUUCAAAGAUAAUUUAAUGCAGAUUUCCUGUUAAUGUCCAAAAAACAAAUUAUUUUUCUUGCAUAAUGUAAUGAGUGAUUUAGGGAUUAUUUUAUUACUAUGUAUCAGUGAGUUAUACACACUUAUUUAUAUCUAAAGAGCGUCUUUGUAAGCAGUUGUUUGCUAGCAGGUAAAUUUUGCUGCAAGAAAUUAAAAAUGCUUAUAGAAAGACCUGGUUUUGCUGGAUAAUAUGCAAAAACUUCAUAAUGCAGGCAGAAGUAUUUUUUGGCAGCUAUGGAGAACUGUGUAGACUACGAAGAGUC